AUGGGCUGGUUCGACGGGUGGUUCGGCUCCAGCAGCAGCGAUUCCGACCCGUUGAGUCGCCUGGACCCGAAGCUGCGCGAGUUCCUCGAGAAAGAAUCCCCCAUCAAAUACAACCCACCACCACAGCCAAAUCCCCAAGUAUCACCACCACCCCCAGCAAAGCAACAAGCCCCCUCCCAAGAACCUCAACAAAACCAACAGCAAGACGAACAACAACAACCCGCUGUCCCCCCACAAUCCCUCUACCAAGAUGGCCGCUACGCCCACCUCUGGAAGACCUACCGCCCCCUAGCCGCCGUCGAAGCCGAGACCAAAUCCGACAACGAGAAACUCAGCGACGUCCUCGAAGCCUACAAAGACCGCCGGGGCCUAAUCGGGCGCGCCGCCCUCGAAAACUGCGCCGAAGAACAAGUCGUCUGGAGCGACUGCAUGCGCUCCGGUUCCUGGCACUCGCGCAUGACCAUGUGCAGCGCCGAGGUGCGCAAGUUUGAGCGCUGCUAUAACGCCCAGAGCCGAUUGCUCAAGGCGCUGGGGUACUUGUCCGUGCGCGGGCGGGAUCGGGAUGUCGACGAGGAGAUCCAGAUGCAUGCUGAUGAACUGUAUCAUCGUAUGAUGGCCCAGGAGCGGGAGAUUGAGAAGGCUAAGGAGGAAGGUCGUGAGCCGCCUGUGUUUAAGGGGUUGUUUGAUGGCACCAGUGCCACCAUGAUUACAGCCCCUACCCCUAGCACUACAAGUACCACGGCCGCCGCGGACACCGCGUCAUCAUCAGCAGCAACAACCCCAGGCCAACCCAAAAUCCCCGAACCCAACGAAGCAACCCUCGCAGCAUGGAAGAAACAACUCGAGAAACUCCCCCCAGAGGAGCGCGAAGCAGAAGAGAAGGCGCUGCGGGCUGAUUACCGGGCGCGUGUGGAGAUGGCGAGGCAGGUUCAGAGCCUAUGGCAGCAGCAGGCGAAGGAGCGGGAGGUGCGGAAGGCGGAGGGGAAGGAGACUUUUAUGGAUCGGAUGUCGGCUUUUGCUGGUUCGUGGUCUCGGCCUAAGGAGGGGUAA